UGGAGAACUUUAGUUGGACAUUAUAAGAAAAUGAAUGUUGCGCCUGUUAAAAGUAAUGUGUUUGUCCACUGGAUGUCGCUCUUGCUUAAUUCUGCGUCUUCGCCGCAUUGUUGCCAAUUCCACGUUUUCCCCUUGGAGCUGCAGAAAGAUUUUAUUCAUCAGCUAUCAUUCUUUAGCUAAGAUGAUCAAGAUGAUAGGCUAUUCUACAAACAUACUACCAAUUAAACUAAAAAUAAAUAUACUACUAAUUUUAAAUCAGAAGUUACUUUCCAGUGUAGAGAACGAUGGGGAAGCGCUAUUACUGCGACUAUUGUGAUCGCAGCUUUCAGGACAACAUGCACAACAGAAAGAAGCAUCUGAACGGCGUCCAACACCACCGAUCAAAAAAAGCCUGGUUUGACAACUUUAGAGAUGCUGCCACAAUUUUAAAUGAAGAGCGGGCAAAGGAACCAUGCAGAAAGUUCCAACAAACAGGAGAGUGUGUAUUUGGUACAAACUGUCGUUUUUCACACAUGUCCGAGAGGCACAUGAAGAUGUUGGAGCAAAAGAUUGAUGCUGAUAGGCGACAGAAGGAGUUUCCUAACGAAGAUGAGUCAUCCUCUAAGCGCAACGUUGAUGAAUGGCUCUCCAGAAGAAAGAAGAAACAGGCUGUGCUGACAUCAGGAAGUGUUUCAAAGAUUGAAGAGGAAGAGUGCGUUGAAAACAUUGAGAUACCUCCGUAUCUUCUGUCUAUUCCAGAUCUUCCUCCAUCUCUUCAUCCUCCACCAGCUGGUGGUUGGAAAGUCACACUUCAAAAUGAUUGGGGUUAAAAUUGAAAUAUAAAAAUAAUUAAGUAGUGCAGGAUACAAACCCAAUUAUUAUGCUAUUUUGCUGGCCUAUUUUAUACAUUUAAUAUUAUUAUAAUUUUUCAUAAUUGUUUUGUAAUACUUUUAAUAGCAUAAUGUGGACUUGCAUGAUGGUAUUUUUUUUUGUAAAGAAAUUCUGAAAGU